CGUUGGAACUCCAUAUAAAGCCACACAACCAACCUCAUCCCUAAACCCGCCUCACCCUUCUGCCUCAUCAAGCCCCUCCCCUCCCCCCUGCCUCCACCUUAUCCUCAGCGCGGCACCCGCUCCCGCUCCCGCGCCCCCGCCUCCAAUGGCGUCGGCCAACGCCAUCUCCACCGCCUCCCUCCUCCGCUCCUUCUCCUCCCAGGGGAGGCUGAGGAGGUCCAAGAACGGCCGCUCGUCGCGGCUGGUGGUGCGCGCGGACGCCAAGGAAAUCGCCUUCGACCAGAAGUCCCGCGCCGCGCUCCAGGCCGGCGUCGAGAAGCUCGCCAGCGCCGUCGGCGUCACCCUCGGCCCGCGAGGUGAUGCUCGGCCGCCUAUAUAACAGAUUGCAACUCGC